UUAUCUGUGCAAAAAUUAAUGAGACAAAAAGCAUCAUGAAAAUAUGACAAAUUCUUUUUGCUAAGAUUACUGUUAAAAAUAGUUAAAUAAUUAAUUUUUUUUAAAUUCAUGGGUGUGCUGCUAUUUUUUUUUUAGUAUUUUCCAUAUAGGCUAUUUAUAAUCUAUCAUUCAGCAUUUCACAUUUCAUUAAAAUUAGAAUUUUUGUAGACCUCAAUAUACAGACGAUAUAAACUACAGAUUUUCUCUAAACGUGUGGAGAGUAUUCAAUAGAAUUCAUAACUUAUGUUAAACACCAUGAAAGCCAAAAUCGAUAAAAUACUAAAAAACUGUGAACAAUUAUUUUCAGUAUGUAGUCAAAACAUCGAAGACAAUCAAUCAUGGCAUAAUUUUGUAGAAAUAGAUGGAAUUUUGAAUCGCAUCAUGGAGUUGGAAAAAGCUGAGGUCAUUGAAAUAGACCGAUAUGACUCUUUGAAAGAUCUCACUGAGUGGGUCAAGCAUGAAGGAGCUUGCAUUGAUAAUGUAUCUAUCGCUUUUUUUCCAAAUUAUGGAUAUGGAUUACAAGCUAAUAAUGAUAUGAAUGAAAAUGACUUGAUUCUCCAAAUUCCUCGUAAGCUUAUUUUUAAUGUUCAUACAGCAGCACCAGAACUUGAGAUUAUUAAAUCCGACAUCAUACUGAAACAAAUGCCGAAUAUUGCAUUAGCUUUAGCACUUCUUUUUGAACGUUGUAAAAAUUCAUCGAAGUGGAAUUUUUACAUCAAAUCUCUUCCUAGAAGUUACAGCACAGUUUUAUAUAUGAAACCACAAGACCUUGAAAUACUGAAAGGAUGCCCAAGCUUAGAUGGUGCAAUAAAGCAGAUUAGAAAUGUAGCACGGCAGUAUGCUUAUUUUAAAAUGAUUUUACACAAAACUAAAAAUGACUCCCUUACAAAACUGAAAAAGUCCUUCACUUACGAGAAUUUUCGAUGGGCUGUAUCCACUGUAAUGACAAGGCAAAAUAUGAUUCCGGUAAAAAAUGAAGAUAAAAUGAUUCUUAGUCUCAUACCAUUUUGGGAUAUGUGCAAUCAUGAAGAAGGAAGGAUAACCACUAACUUUGAUUUAUCUACAAACAGUUGUGAAUGUUUUGCAAUGCGCCACUUCAAAAAGAGUGAUCAAAUUUUUAUACACUACGGAUCCAGAACAAGCACAGAAUUUUUUAUCCACUCAGGAUUUUUACCCGAGAAUAAUCAUAAUGAUUCUUUCCGACUUAGACUUGGUAUAAGUCAUUUGGAUCCGUUAAAAGAGCAAAGAAUAUAUCUUCUUAAUAAAUUGGGAUUACCAAUAAACCAUGAAUAUACUCUUCGGCCCGGAAAUGAAGUAAUAUCUGGAAGCUUACUUGCAUUUCUACGAAUUUUUCAUUUUUCUAAAUCCGAAUUGAUAAAAUGGAUGAAUUCUGAAAAUUUCUGUAUGCUGACUGAAUCAUCCUGUGAUAUAAGUAACGAUAUACAUUGCAAAGCUAUGUCUUACAUAAAAGUGAGACUGGAACUUCUUAUGCAGAGAUAUAAAAGUAUAAAUGAGGAAACUAUUUUGAAUGAGAUUCAGGAUAUGCCAUUGACUCGCCAACUAGUAUGGAAAAUGAAACUUUCUGAAAAAAAUAUAAUGAAAAAUAUUUUGUCGGACAUACCAAUCUCAAAAGAUAAUAAUUAA